AUGCGCUUUUUAUCGAAACCACCCGUUGAAGGUGCAGCAGUACGAGAAUCCGAAGAAUAUGAAUCACCUCCCCCUGUGCAACCGCAGACACCUGCUGCACCAUGGCGUCCAGGACCUGGGAUGGGAAUGGGUUUUGGUAAAGCAACCUUUGGAGGGUCUAAAAUUCCAGGAAUAGGUACCUCUGCCACCUUCGGUCGUCCAGCACCUGGAAUUCCUAUGAAGUCUACCAUACCAGAUCCUCCAAAACCUGAGUCACCGAAUAGGCUUUUUCCUGAAGAAGAGCUUCGUAUAAGCCAACAACGAAAAGUCGAAGUACAUUCAGGACCAGGACCAGAGACGAAUAGGGCUUCCAGGCCAAUACCGCGUUCACAGGAGGAGAGGUUGGAAAUAGCUAGGAUAGCAGCGAAAAGGAUGGAGGCUAUGAAUAUACAUGCGAUGAACAAGCAGCACGCUCAGCCUGAUGCGCCUUUGCGAUUUUUUGUGAAGGACGAAUCUCGCAUUCGUAGUCAGGUUUCUAGUCAAAUAAUAAAUGACUCUACUGAACCCACUACUAUAUCUGAAUUUAGUAGCGAGUCUUCUGAAAACGCAUCAAAUUGGACGCAAUUGAGAAAGAAGAUAGAAGAGAAGCACCAUCCGCCGCCACCACAACCGACCCAAGAUCCUAUUUCUGAAGCUCAAGCCAAAAGGGAACAAGAAGCUAGUUCGGGGACUUACACACCACUGAGAAACAGAAUUCCUUCAGAAAGAGGUCGUUUUACAGAGGUUCCACGAGCAGAUAUGUGGAGUAGGCCCAAUAAUUAUGAUAAAAGCAAUUCCACGACUCCAAUCUCACAAACUAUCCCUACGAAUAUCUACCAACGACCCCUAAACAGUCCCGAAGACAGGUGGAGUAAGCCAAAUAAUUAUGAUAGAGGCAAUUCCAGGACUCCAAUCUCACAAAUCACCCCUACGAAUAAUUACCAGCGCCCCCAAAACAUUCCCGAAAGUACAUCUAUGUCAAGUUCACAUCUAGCAACAAAUCCAGGAUCAACACGUCCCCCUCAACCAGUGCCAUCUGCCCGUAAUAUGUUAAAACCUCUGGGAUCUUUUGGCACUUUCGGGUCUCCUUCCUUUGGCGCAGGAUUUGGUAAGAUUGGUGGAAGCGAUUUCAAAAUUCCCGGCUUAGCAACCCCAAGCCCCUUGGUCGAGCCAGAAAAAAUCCAAGAGGUUCAAAGUGCCGCUGAAGAACCAGAAAGGGCCCAAGAGGUUCAAAAUGCCGUCGAAGAACCAGAUAAAAGCCUUGAAGCUGGGAACUCCGUCGAAGAACCUGCCCAAGAGACCGUAGCAUUUAGUCCAUUAGCUACGGGGCCAGAAGGAGAUUCAGAUGCUCGUGAACAAGUUAUUAAUCAAUCUUCAUCCCCAGAUGAAUUAACAAUACGACAUCGAAAAUUGUCAGGACGUUGGGGAGCGGAGGACGACACGAUUUUGAAGGAAAAGGAUCCGAAUUACAGAGAUCAUAAAUUGCCGAAAAACGCACACAGUAAAGUGGCCAAAAAGGCCGCCAGGAGACAACGUGAAAUGUCAAUGGACCGAGAUGAUGAAGUAAGAGACUUAGCUGCUGAGCGAGCAGAACUUAAAAAGCAAAGAAAACGUGAAAAGGCAGCAAAAAAGGCAGCUGCGCCGACUCCCAUCAUUUUACCCGAAUUUAUCAGUGUCUCCAACCUAGCCGUCGCUCUAAAGGUUAAACUCGAGAAUUUCCUAGAAAAGAUGGAGGAAUUAGGUUUCGAAGGUGUAAACCAUGAUCACAUUUUGAAUGCUGAAAAUGCGGGACUCAUUGCUAUGGAGUACAAUUUCGAAGCUAUCAUAGAACGAGGCGAAUCCGAAGACUUGAAAGCUAGACCACCAGCGGAAGAUCCAUCAAUAUUACCACAAAGAGCUCCGGUUGUCACUAUCAUGGGACAUGUUGAUCAUGGUAAAACUACAAUUCUUGAUUAUCUUCGAAAGUCUUCUGUCGCGGCAUCAGAACAUGGUGGCAUCACUCAACACAUCGGAGCAUUUUCGGUACCUAUGCCUUCUGGAAAGACUAUUACUUUCCUUGACACACCUGGUCAUGAAGCUUUCUUGAGUAUGCGUCAAAGAGGUGCAAAUGUUACGGAUAUUGUAAUUUUGGUUGUUGCUGCAGAUGAUAGUGUUAAACCACAAACUAUCGAAGCUAUCAAUCAUGCCAAAGCGGCAAAGGUACCAAUAAUUGUUGCUAUCAACAAAAUUGAUAGGCCUGAGAUUGAUAUUGAACGUGUCAAACAAGAUCUUGCUCGUCAUGGUGUUGAAAUUGAAGAUUUUGGUGGUGACACUCAAGUUGUUUGUGUUAGUGGCAAGACUGGUCAAGGAAUGGAUGAUUUAGAAGAAGCCGCCGUUACAUUGACCGAAAUUCUUGAUAUGCGAGCUGAAAAAGAUGGACAAGCAGAAGGUUAUGUCAUUGAAGCAAGUAUUAAACCUAUGGGCAAAGUUGCUACAGUCUUGGUUAGACGAGGUACCAUGCGACCAGGAGAUUUCAUCGUCGCUGGUAAAACUUGGGCUAGAAUUAGAUGUUUACGUAACGAAGCAGGAGUUGAAAUUGGAGAAGCUGGUCCUGGUAUUCCAGUAGAAAUUGAUGGAUGGAGAGAACAACCAAUUGCUGGAGAUGAAGUUCUUCAAGCUCCUGAUGAAGCAAAAGCUAAAAGUGUUAUUGAAUUUCGACUAGAGAAGGAAGAAAGGGAUAAAAUGGCCGAGGAUAUGGAAGCUAUUAAUGAGAAUCGCAAGAUCGAACACGAUAAACGUGAACGUGAAAAGGCAGAGAAAGAAGCUGCUCUUGCUGGCGAGGAAGAUCAAGUACAAGAUACUGCUGCUCCUAGUAAAGAUCCUGCUGGUCCGAAACCCAUCUACUUUGUCGUUAAGGGUGAUGUGAGCGGAUCCGUUGAAGCAGUUAUCGAUCAACUUAACUCUACCAGUACUAAAGAAGUCGAAGCCAUCGUUCUCCGAUCGGGAGUGGGUAAACUCAGCGAAUCAGAUAUCGAACAUGCCGCUACAGCAAAGGGAUAUGUUAUUAAUUUUAACACUGAGGUGGAACCCAAUAUUGCUCAAUUUGCUGCUCAAAACAAAGUCACCAUCUUGGAUAAUAAUAUUAUCUAUAGAUUGAUGGAUGAUGUUAGAGCUGAAAUGUCGAAAUCCUUACCACCAUUGGUGACACAAAGAGUAUUGGGCGAAGCUUUUGUGGCGCAAAUUUUCGAUAUUAAUAUCAAGGGGAGGAAGUAUAGGAGUAUAGCGGGUUGUAAGGUUCGUAAUGGAACAGUGGCGAAGGAUGCUAGGUAUAGGGUAUUGAGAGAUGGAGAGAAGGUCUUUGAUGGUAAACUUGAUUCCCUCAAAAAUGUAAAGAAAGAUGUUCCGGAAAUGAGAAAGGGUGGAGAAUGCGGUAUGGGGUUUAUUGGCUGGUCGGAUUUUAAGGUCGGUGAUCAAAUUCAAGCGUAUGAGGAGAUUCGUGAGAAGAGAUAUUUGUGA